AUGUUAUCCAAGAAUCUUAAAGAACUCCGAGUUCACUAUUGUCAAACUUCGCCGGCAAGUAAAGGUGUUAGAGAAUUCAUUGCCAAUAAUUAUUCUUUAAUUAAAGCUGUUAACCCAAAUUUUCCAAUUUUAAUUCGUGAGGCGAGUGGAGUUGAGGCUCGAUUUUUUGCACGAUAUGAUUAUGGAAAGGAAAAAAAGGUGGUAUUAAAUGAUUUGUCGGCUGGGGAAGUCGAAUCCAAAUUAGAAGAAUUAGUUACUAAGAAUAUUGAAGUUAAUAAAAGUACAAUAUAA